CGCUCAGUUGCCCGGCGCUCGGUUGCUCGGCGCUCACCUGCUCAGGUCUAGCCUCCACCAGCCAACUUGCAGCUGGGACUGGGGCAGCUGCGCAAGUGGGCUGGGGGCCGGGGGGCAAGCAUGGAGGGGCCGCAGGCCGCUGCGGGUGGGCCUGUCUCCCUGCACAACUUCAGCGCGAGGCUGUGGGAGCAGCUGGUCCACUUCCACGUCAUGCGGCUGACGGACUCGCUGUUCCUGUGGGUGGGAGCCACGCCGCACCUGCGCAACCUCGCGGUGGCCAUGUGCAGUCGCUACUCACGGGGGCCUCGUUGGCCUGGAAGAGCCCAGGUACCCCUAGGGGAUGGAGCUCUGUGUUCUCUUCCUGGUCCGGAAGCAGAGGAUUCCAUCCCUGUGUCUACCUCCCUCCUUGGAGACACUUCCGACACAACCUCCACUGGCCUUGCCCAGCGCUUAGGUACGUACCCAUGGCAGGUGCUGCAAGAGCGACCAGAUGGGGCCUCGCUGUUUGAUGGGACCAUGAGGAGGGCACAUCCACGCCCCCAUGGUGUCACCACUGCCAGCAUGUUGCCCGGAGACUCCGAUGUUGUGCCGUGGCUGCUGUCCAAGCCGAUGGGGGACAGGUGCUUUAGCUCCUUCUCCAGGAAGACCAACAAGCAGGUGUUUGUCAGCUAUAACCUACAGAAUGCAGACAGUAACUUCGCAUUACUUGUAGAAAACAGGAUCAAGGAAGAAAUGGAGGCUUUUCCCGAAAAGUUCUAGCUGAGUGGCUGAAGUGAGGAUUCGUAACUUAUGUACAAUAUGUUUAAAUAAAGGAAUUGAGUUUCA